UAAAAUAAUUAUUAAUAUAAUGAAACAAUAAAUGUAAGCAGAUGGAUUAGAUAUGAAUAUAUGUACAUAUAUCUAGGAAUGCAUAUACAUACAUACAUAUACUUAUAAGUAAAGGAAUAUGCAAUAUAUUUGAAGAAAGAAUUUUGAGUGUAAAUACGCUAAUAUAUUAAGGACUUGUUUUAUUUUAUGAAAGUAUUUGAUUAAUCAUGGAGAACUGUGUUGAGAACAAAUUAAGAUAUGUUUUUUUCAAUUAUGUUCGAAAUUUAUGCGGCAUUAGAAAACGUUACAAAAGUGAAGUAAUUAACCUGAUUUCUAUUCCGCUAAAACGCCGUUAUAAAAUAAUAACCCUUAAAUUUUAUUUUGACAUUCAGUACUUUUAUUAUGAACGGAAUUUUCAUAUCAGCGAUUCUAUGACGUAAAUUAUUUCUAGGUAAAUGAAAGGCAACAUAUAUGUAGUUUUAGUGUUAAGUGAAUAAUUUAGCUUUUUUUUAAAUAGUUAGGGAAUGUUUAGUAUCGCGCCGGUAAAGUAUCGUUUAUGGAGAAAAACAGAGGGGGUAUGUUCGGAUACAAAAGGGUCGCCAGAUUAUGAUAUACAUAUGUAUAUACAUACACUGGACCAACAAAGUUUACACACACAUACGUUUAUUUGUUAUAAAAUGAAUACAUUUUUUGGUUUUUUUCUAUCCAUUUCAAAAGGUGUAUAUUUAACAUUAAAUUUAGCAUAUCAAAAUAUUUUUUUGGGAAAUGUUUAGUAUCGCGCCGGUUUAGUAUCGUUUAUGGAGAAAAACAGGGGAGGGCUACCCCCCCCUCACGCACCCUUAUUGGAAAGAGGAAGGAUCGAACUUUUAAAUAAACACUCCCUCGACCCCCUAGAGCCCCUAUAGACCUGUAGAGAGCCCUUUGAAAAUGACCAAAAAUCAGUGUUUUUGCUCAUUUUUCCAUACAAACUGAAAUUAAUGCAACCCACCCAAAAAUGUUUUUGUAUGGACAAGAAAUCAAAAUAAAGAAAACCAAAAUGUUUCAGUGCAAUGUAUAUACAUAUUUAAUUGCAUCUAUUAAUGAUACAAAGGGAUCUGGGGUGAUCGAAGUACUUUCGUGUAGUACUCCUUUCUGCGUUGGCGGCCUUCGGCCGCGCUUCAAAAAAAAAUAAUCCCUGGUCGGUCCAACACUGGGGUGUAUCAAUUUUUUUCGCAUAGAACUCCUUUUUGCGUGGGCGGCCUUCGGCCGCCUUUAAAAAAAUAACUCUGGUCGGUCCAGCACUGGGGUGUAUCAAUUUUUUUUCGCAUAGAACUCUUUUUUUGCUGUGGGCGGCCUUCCGCCGCGCCUUAAAAAAAUAACCCUGGCCGGUCCAACACCGGCUACGCCAUCCACAGUAUUUUAGCACUGAACACCUUUUCACGUUCACUUCACACAUUUGUUGCUAACUGGGUUUAAUUUAUUCCCUUUUGUUCGAGCUUUCUCGGCAAUUUGACAGUUCAAAUUAGGCAGUCAUUUUGGUUUUUCGCAUUAUUGAAAUUAAUGCAGAAAAAGGUGUAUUUUAUUUAAAGAUUUACAAAGAAAUGAACAAUCAAAAGCAAUUAAAAACCAUACUAGUGGUUUUUAUAAUUCAUAAGUAAUAUAUGUGCGAGAAAAUGUAUCCAUAAUUGGUUUGGUACAAUGCACAACAGAUGAAAAUACACUUGCUUAUAUUGAGAUAUUUGCAAAAAAUAGCAUUUUUUAAAGUGAAUUUUUGGAAAAAUUUGUGAACCGAUUUUUAUAAAAUAUGUUUUAAAAUAAAGUUCAAUAAUUUAAGUAUACAUGCGUGUUUAAAAUUUUCAAUAUGGUUCUCUCGUUUAGGUACAGUGAGAAAAAAUUAACCGGCGCGAUACUAAACCCAACCCUUUUUUUUACACAAAUAAAAAAAAAUAAUGCUAAAGUUAAAAAUGGGCAUAAUUUAUAUCAAAAAAGUUUACGUACAUCAAUGAUUAUUUAUAUAAAUCAAAAGUAAUUACAAUAGUUUUAUCGGUUUUUGGCCUACAUAUUGUUGUAAUUAUUGUCCCUAGAGGUCGACGCAUGCUCCCCUCUCGAUUUCUAUUAUUAUUUCCGGAUAUUUUGACCCACUAAGUCCAUGGCCCAGUUUUUUGGCCUUUUUGUGAUGAAAUUCGAUGUUUUCGAAUACGGUUUUCCAAAAAGCUUCAGAUAUUUUGGAUAGAAUUAAUGUUUAGUGAUGGAGUAAUUUUUAAUUCCAUAACAAUACUGCACGUACAAGAUGCGACGGGUGUUUUAAGCACACUUAAAAUGUAAAUUUUUUCUUAUUUUCUUAUUCCAUUUUAAGAAAAAAAGGAUAACAUUUAGAAUAGCAUCCCCGGAUUUCGGGGAUAAAUUUGGUAUCACUGCAAAUGUGACGUUCUCCAGAUCACGAAUAUAUAUAUAUAUAUUAACCUAUAUAUACAGUCAUGGACACAUAAAUAGCACACAUCUGAAUCCCAUAUUAAUUCUAAUUUUUUUUAAUCCUAAAGUAGCUGAACAAUAAAAAUUUGGUAUGUAUCUACUUGUCACUGUUAUGAGGCUCAUUUCCCUGCAUAAAAAUACUGUUUAUUUUCUAUUAAAUUUUGUACGCGACAAUUUUAUUGCGUAUAGUGUUGAUUUGAGGUGGACACAUACAGCUGCGAGCAUUGAAAUAGUAGUGGGUGUUAGAGCUUUACAUAUCUGUGAGUUAUGUAACAUGCCAAACAAUUUUAACAUCCAUUGAAAUGCGAAAGUGGAUCAUAUUUACCAGGCUAUGUUUACCACUAAAAAUAUUUAGAUUUGAAUAUGUACAAGAUAUGUUUAUUUACAAAGAUGUAUUUAUGUAUGAAAAUUUUGGGGAGCAGUAAAAUAGUAGUAAAGUACUAAAAAAUUUUUUUAAAAAAUACUGAAGGAUUUUUGCAAGUUUCGUCUAUAGGAGAUCUUAGUACUUGGUAGCGUGGCCAUGAUUUUUGAUAACAGCAAUACAUCGCUUCUUCAGAGAAUCUACGAGACUGUGGCAUCUUUUCAGUGGUAUGCUCUGCCAUGAUUGCUGCACUACGGUCCACAAUUCGUUGUUGUUUUUGUGUUUAUCCUUCCACACGGCUUUCUUGACAUCUGCCCAACGGUUUUCAAUAGGAUUGAGGCCAGGGGAUUGAGCUGGCCUAUCCAUGACCUCAACUCCAUUGACCCGAAACCACUAUUUUGCCACCCUACUGGUGUGCUUCGGACCAUUAUCCUGCUGAAAUAUCCUUUUCAGCGGCAUGUCUUCUUCAGCAAAUAGUAUCAUAAUAUGCUGCAUUAUAUCCACUAUGUGUAUCGGAUAUUAUGCCAGUAAUCUUGUAAAUUGGGACUACACAAAAAAAUUUGGCCUGUAAGAUAAACAGCCCAAACCAUGAUAUUCAAACCGCCAUGCUUCAAAGUUUUUGUGCUGAAUCUGGGGUCGUACUCUGUAUUAGGGGAGCGUCUUAGACACUGACAGGACCCUUUACCGCCGUAUAGAACAACUUUCGACACGUCUGUCCACAAGAUGCUGCGCCAUUUCUCAAUCGGCCAAUUCAGGUGUCCUUUGGCGAAUUUAAGACGUCUUGCUACAUGAUUUUUUUUUUAAUAACGGUACUUUUCGAGGACUGCGGACAUAUAAAUUAUGUUCAUGUAGAAGUCUUCUCACUGUAUGAACACCGCAGGCCAGGUUAAGUUCAUUCCGAAUCUCCAUAGCUGACAUUCUAGGUCGAGUCUUGGCACAUCUUACAACUAUUCGUGUAAAAUUCUCAGAAAGAAUCCGUCUUGCGCCACUUUUUUUGUAUUUUAUUUAUAAAUAAUGGCAUUGCGAAUCGUUGUGGCUUAACACCCUACAAGUCUUUCCACUCCCUUGUAGGAUUUACCGUUUUUUAUGACAGAUUGAAUCCAUUCUCGUUUUUCUUCACUACAGGGCUUCCCCCGGCCCAAUAAAAGGGACAAAGUCAUAUUUGUUUUGGUUUUUGCAUUGAAUAAUAUAUAAAAGAUUAGGAAACUUACUUUUUGUGUGAUAAAAUUAAAAUUUUUUUAGUAAAAAUGAUCUGUUUGUAAUCAGCUCACCGUUCACUACUAUUCUAUUGCUCGCUCAUAAAAACAGAUAUCCCAAUAAAAUUGGCUCUAAAAAAGUAACGGUAAGUGUUGCACACUUAUUGUUGUGAAUAACAGGACCGUUAUACUUCAGAGAAUAUAACUAAAAUAAUGAUCGAAGACAAUAUCAUAAAAUAAACAAAAUUUAAAGCAAAACUCUCUUGGCCAAUAGGCACUACUAUUUCAAUGCUCGCAACUGUAUAUAGCACAUUUUUAAGUUCGUAUUUUUGUUUUAAUUUUGUGUGAAGUUCUCGCAUAUUUUUAAUUUAAUUCUGCGGGGAAACUUUAGUAUACGAUCCCACGAUUUCAGGGUUAAAAGUGGUAUGGUUGGAUAGAGCAGAUGCUCCAGAUUAAGAAAAUAUAUAAUUGUUGCCGCCGCAAAUGUGUAAUUAUGGCAAUACUUAUUAUCGGUCAACACGGAAUACUUUUGUUAUUGUGCAUGAAAUGAAAAUUGUGUAAAACAUAAAAUGCUUAUUUUAAGCAAAUAACUAAAUAAUUACUGGAAAAAAAUAUGUAGAAACAAUGUAAUGAAGUAUAAGUGCAUAAAAAGUGCAUAAUAUGAAUUAAAUAAUUACUAGCAAUCGAGAAAUUGCAAGAUAAAAUUUGCAAAAUUUUCAACUUUAAAUGCAAAUAUCUCGAAAACUAUAAGUUUGCGGCGGCAACAAUUACAUAUUUUCUUAAUCUGGAGCAUCGGCUCUAUCCAACCAUACCACUUUUAACCCUAAAAUCGUGGGAUCGUAUACUAAAGCCGACCCAAUUCUGCGAAUAUAUAAUUAUUUCAUCGAUAUUUCGUUAAAAUGAGAAGGAAAAAAACAUUCUAUGUCGGCAAAGGGAGUCCUUAAAUCCAAUAUGAGCAAAAAAGGAAAACAUCCUGCCAAAAUUGCUAAUAUAAUGCAUUGCUCUCCAAAAAUGUUAUAAAAGGCUCUUUAUGAAACAAAACAGAUCCACCUUGUGUCAAUAAAAAAAUACCAAGGAAUACCAGGACCACGUAAAACCGAUAUUAGUGUUGACAAAUACAUAGGGGAAUGUUUAAUUUAGUAUCCCAUUUUGAAGAGGUUUUGCGCAAAGGGGGAGGGGGCUGGGGGCUUGCUACCCCCCUCAUUUGAAAGGUAAUGAAUGGAGCUUUUGAAUAAUAGCACCCUUCCCCCCCUAGAACCACGGGGGGCUCUAGGGCAGCCUCCUGAAAAUGGUGUAAAAUCGUAGUUUUUCCAUACAAUUUUCUCUAAUUAUUAUAAAGUUUAUGUAUUUUUACGCAUAGAGUGACUCUAUGUUUAUUAUUUUUAUUAUUUCAAUGAAUUAAAGUGGGAAUCCACUUUAUUUAAAUAAUAAAAACACUGAAAAUUAAAAAUUUUAUAUGCAUCGGUAAUAAUGCAUACAAAUAGUUGAAGUACCAAGAUAACCCAACCAACCAUUUAUACAAGACCCCCUAAAUAAUAAAAUUAGGUUUUCAUCGCGCGAUCUUUUUUUUCAAAUUUUGAAUAUAUUUUCAGCAUAAUAUACUACAUUGAAACAAGCGCCGCAGGCGAAAAUUUGGAAUAAAAAAUCGCGCGAUUUUCAUUAUAUUUUCAGUAUAAUAUAUUACAUACAUUGAAACAAGCGCCGCAGUAUAUAAGACCUACCAUUUUGAUUCGUUGGGUUAUUACUAUCUUCCUUUUGUGCUUAUUUUCUUCGUCGUUUGACAGUUCAUAUUCAGUAAUUUUGCUUACAUUUCAAGGAAGAAUAUAACACGUAAUUGAAAGCUGUUUUAUUUAUUAAAUUGUACAUAAAAUUGCAACUUAAAAUCCAUAAUUUAUCAUUAAUUCAAUUAAAUAUAUUUCAAAGAAUGUGUGUGUGUUAAAUUGGUUAAAUUUUUUGCAAGCAGUGCAACAAAAACGUCAAAAGAAGAGAGCCAUUGUUUGAGCAAAUGUGAAAAUAUGCGUUUUUUGCUUAUUUAUAUCUAAAAAAACAAAUUAACAUUUAACAAUAAAUUUACAUUUAAACCAAAGUUUAAUUCAUUGGCUAUCUGUGCUAUAUAAAUUUAAAAAUAUUCGUGCACGCAUUUAAGAGGAAUAAUCAGUGAAAAUGAGAUACUAAACUAAACCCAACCCAAUACAUAGUACGGAAGAGCAAAGCGGAUCCUUUUAAUUCAACCAGAGAAAUUAUGAUCGAAGUUAAUGACGAAUAUGGUGUGGACGUGUCCAGAAAGCUUGUAGGAAGACGACUCAACUUAUCUCAACUUUUUGGACAUAUUACCAGCAAGAAAUCACUCCUGUCAAAACGCCACAUCAAAAUCUACUGGCAUUUGGAAAGGCCCACAGAGACAAACCAGCACAAUUUUGGAAGAACGUGUUUUUGAGCGACAAAACCAAGAUAAGUAGGAAGGUUCCAGUUGAAAAAUCAUUUUAACGUCGUCCACAAGGUCAAUCCCUUAAACCUAGGUAUACCAAAAAAACCAUUAAGAACGGCGGUGGAAGUAUCAUGGUCUGGAGCGUGUUUUCAUGGCAUGGCAUCGUGCCAAUUGUUCGAAUAAAUGGUAAAAUGGACCAGUUUUAGUAUUUGGAUAUACUGAAAAAUAAAAUGUAUUUUAACCCAUGACCAUAAACUGGACAUUUAUGCAAGACAAUGAUCCGAAACACACCGCAAAGGUAGUAAAGUAUGGUCUCGGCAAUAAAAAAUUUAAAAUUUAUGAGUGGCUUGCGCAAAACCCAAACCUGAAACCAAUAGAAAAUUUAUGAAUUGAUAUAAAGUUCAAAAUAGCAAGCAAAAAAUUCAAAAAUUUUGAUAAUUUAUGGGCUGGAAUUGAGGAGCCUUGGUAUUCAAUCCCAAAGGAACGAUAUAAAGAACUGGUGGACAGCAUGCAGAAAAGAUGUGAGCGGAUGCUUAAAAAUGAUGGAUAUAGUACAAAAUACUAACGAAAUGAACACUAUUUUGCAAUUUUUUAAUAAUUUUUAUAAGUUGUUGUACCUUUUUUUAAACCCCUUUUCAGAUUGUGCUACUUAUGUGUCCAAGCUGUCAUAUAUAAUAUUGAUGUUUUCGUCUUUUUUUGGCGAUAAUAAAAUAUUUAUUGUUUCAGUGUUAUAGUUAUAUUAAAGUGAAUAGUUUUUAAAAUAAAACGCAUUCCUCUUUAAAUGCGUAAGUGAUAAACCUAAGGAAUAAAUAAAUGUUUUCUUAUUUGAUGACCAAGUGUGCUAUUUAUGUGUCCAUGGCUGUAUAUAUAUGUAUAUAUAUGGGAAAAUAUACCCCUCCCUAGAUGCCGUACCCUUGUAGACUCCAUGCAGUCCAGAUGUGCCGAAGUAAUAAAAAAUCGUGGGGGGGCAACUUCAUAUUAAAUGUAAGGCCAUUUGUAUGCAUUUCAAAACAACAAACGUGUGUUCUUAUAAUUUUUCAUGCUUUGUUCUUAUUUUUUCGAACAGGCUGUUUAAUACCCAAUGCAACAAAAUUUGCAGUACAAAAAAGUUAGUGCGUAUUUGAUGACCAGAUUUUCAAUUUUUUUAAUACUCACAAUAUGUAUAUAUCUUUUAAGAACAAAAGGUUCAAUAAAAUAUUACUGAGAAAAUUUUAUUCAAUGAUUCCGAUAUUCACUUUGGGCACAAUUCCGAUAUCUUUGGCGCCGCGAUUUGAAGGUACCGUUGGAAAGAGGAAGUCCUCCUGAUUAAAAAACAUACAGAGUUAUAGGGUCCGCAAACGCUUAGUUUAGGAGAUAUUCGGCCUUAAAGUUCGAAAAUAAAAGUAUACAGUACAGUACGAAAACUCAAAUUUUCUUUCAAUAUGAGUGUAUGAUAACCGAAAAAUAUGACCACUUCAUACCCAAAACUCAUAUUUUAAAUAUAAUAAUAUAUAUAUUGUCGCCUAAAUUAACGAAAACUUAAAUUUAGAGUGCAUGAUAACCAUAAAUUAUAACCACUUUGAUUAAAAUGUAUAUUAGAUAUAUUGGAGACCACUCACCACUACGUUAAAUUAAAUAAAAAUAUUCGUUUUAAUUUGUAUACAUUUGAUUUUUCAACAAGUUUAUUUAAAUUUAAAUUUAUUGAUUUUAUUGUAUAAACUCAUUAAAUAUGAUGUCGACGGGCGAGGCGGCGAUACUCUAAUUCCGGGAACGAUUUGUCACUCCUUCAGAUCGAUUUUACACGGAUCGUGGUUGAAUUUGGUAACUGCAGGAGAUUAGCGUUAGGUGUCGACGUGGCGAACUGUAUAUGCCAAAAUUGAUGUCGGAGAAAGCUGAUGCGCGGAUUGUAUGCGGACAUGCGACGAGUGUCUGACGAAUUGAGCCUGCUUUCCCUUUGCCCAUCAUUUUUGUUAAGUGGGUUUGCUGGUGUGGUGAGUUAUGCUGUAGUGUCAUCAGCUAUGGUGAAUGGCGAUGUAGCAUUAGGAUGCGCCAGUUUUACCGAUUAGAAGGGGCGGAUGCUUAACUCAUUUAAACACACUUUAUAACAAAAAGUCUUUAUUUUUUUUAUUUUCAACAUAGAAAGGGGUACUACGCGAAAGUACUUCAGUCACCCCGGGUAUUCGCUCGGCCAGGGUUAUUUUUUUAGAGCGCGGCCGAAGGACGCCAACACAGAAAGGGGUACUACGCGAAAGUACUUCAGUCACCCCGGGUAUUCGUUCGGCCAGGGCUAUUUUUUUUAGAGCGCGGCCGAAGGCCGCCAACGCAGAAAGGAGUACUUGGCGAAAGUACUUCAGUCACCCCGGGUAUUCGCUCGUAAUAUUAUAAUAUUAUCACACGAUUUUACUUAUCUGUGUUUAUUAAAUAUAAAUCACAUAUUAUUCAUAUAUGUAUGUAUGUAUAUGGGCAUUUCCAACGGUCGCGAACCGUACGUUCGCACGCAUUUAUAGUUCAAAAAACAAGGAAAAAUAAAUUUGUCUUAAUUUUUUUUUAUGUUUCGAUAGCAUAUUGCUAGGUCUUUCGUUGGUGCAAAAGGUAGGAUCUUUCGAUUUUUAUUUUUUAAUAUAUUAGCGACAAACAUGUGGUCGCGAACGUACGAAUAAUGGAAGUUGCUUUUGGGUGCAACUAGAAAAACGCAAAAAAUAGCGAAAUGGAGCAAAAUAUUCUAAAAGGAUUAAUUUAUAUUAAAUUGGAAUAAAGUAACUUCCUCCUAACUAAUUGCACGCUGAAAUUUUUCCAUUGGUUUUUUAUUUAUAAGGUUAAGUACCGGUCGCGAACGUACGGGUCGCGAACGUACGAUUUUUCCAUCAAGUUUUUAAUUGGAUUUUGGAAACCUUUUCAUAAAUAAAGCAAACUGAUACCUGCAAUAUUCGGUAUAUCCUUCCAUUUUCGAUAUAAAGUUGGAGAUAUCUCGGAAAUUGUAUCAGCUCCAAUAUAUAAAAUUUUAAUUCCAGUAAUGUGCUCUUGUGCACAAUUGUGAAAAGAGAAUGCAUCGUUUAAAACGACAUUUUUUGUUCUCGUAAUUUGCCAGAUUUUUCUUUUCACAACUGCUCCAACGCCAUCGACUGCACCUUUACCAUGUGACUUUGCAAAAUAGUUCCACUCAAGUUUUUUACAACCAAAUUCGGCCAGUAAAUCAGGUAAACUCCAAGCAAUAAACUUAUCACUAAUACUGCAAACGACUUAGUUUCAUUAAACAACUUGCUUAUAGUUGGAAUAUGCGCUUUGAAUUUCAUUUUGGCACACCAGCCUAUAAUUUUCCGCAAAAUCUAUUUGUAGGACAAGUAUCCCAGGCGUGAUAUUUUUCCUUACGUUUUCAAAAUAAUUUUGUUGUGCUCGCUUUUCAAUGAAAUUUUGCUUGAAAAUUGGCAGUUGAACUUGUAGUUCAUGGAGCAAGUCCGUUAACGCAGCAACAGUGCAAGUCAAAAUUACACGAUCGUCCACUUUCCUCCAGUACUGCCAUUUAACAUUUGCGUCCAUUUUUGACAAGUAUUUUAGCGGCACAAUAUCUUUUACAUCUUUUGUACACAAUUUUCAUUUUCGAUAUUGCAACAAACUAAUUUUAAGAAACUUUCGAAGCCUUCGGAAAAACAUUCAAUAACUAUCGCACAGCCAAUUAACAAGAAACUGAAAUUGGCGUGACGCAUGUAUACACACAUGUUGUAUGGCAUUUUGCUCGAAAGUUGAACAUUUCUUGGGCGACAUUUUCCCAUCAACAAUGAGUGUAUCCCUUUUUCCUGCAGCCUGAACGCUGAUAUCUUCACGCAAAAAAUUUCUUUCGCCAAUUUUAAUUUUGUCUCCAAUUCUAAGUCACUUUCAAAUAUACGAGUAUUUUUUUCUUUACAAUUUGUUGGAUCGAUAUACUUUUUAUGCAGUGCAGCAAUGACUUCCACUUUCUUUGCCAAAUCUCUUGGCAUUGCAUUUUCAGCUUUAUUUAGGGCUUUCCCUAAUGUUUGUUUGCAAGUAUAAGUAAUAUGUUCUUCUCCUUGUCUACUGUAAUUUUUUUUAGAAACAAAUCAAUACUUACGGUCGCGAACGUACGAAAUUUUGAAAAUCGAAAUAAAAAGUUUGAUGCACUGUUUACCUAAAGUAAUUUUGUUUUCUGAUAACGGAUGCUUAACUUGCUUUAGUCGUGUUUUUUUAGGCACUUAUUUGCACUCAAUGUGGAGUAAUAGCAAUAAAUGACGUUUUCGGUCGCGAACGUACGAUUUGAUCGUAGAUAAUAAGAAAAGUAAAAAUUUACCGUUAUUCGAUUUUUGUUUGGCCUCUUUGCAUUUUUCUCUUCUUAUUUGGUGUUAAUAAAGAGAUUUUGUGGAAAAGUAUAACCAUAACAUAAGUUAUUCAUAUAAAAUAACUCAAGAGAAAAAAUACCUCUAGAAUAGCUCAAAGUAAAAACAAAUAAGUUUUCAGGUUUCAGGUCAAAUUUUUCAUGAAAAUACCAAAGAGAGGUUAUGAAAACAUUAUAUUCAAAAAAUUUAAACAUCUUUGUAAAAUCUUAUUAAAAAAAAUUUUAUCUUUAUUAAUAUUUUAAUUUUUGGUCCUGGUUGACGAUUCUGUGGAAAUGCUCAUAUAGAAAAGUGUUCACAUAUUCAAUUUUAGCUUGAAAAAUCUUUAUAGUUUUUUAUAGUUAAUAAAGACAAAAGAAUCACUUGAAAGUACAAACAAAGAAAACGCUGUGAAACGCUAAAAACUUCUUCACUUUUGGUUUUUAAAGUGUGGCAACGCUGGUUUUCCUAGUAAAUAUAAACACUCUAAACUUUUCAGCCAUAAAUUUGAUAAGAGAUUUUAAAUUACUAAAUUUGGCUGAAAAAUUACAAAAUAAAAGUGAAAAGUGAACUUAUUUCAAUAUUAAGAGUGUAUAUUUAAAUAUAGUGAGUGAAAAACGUGAAAACAUUAUGUGUAACAUGGAGAAAUAACACAUGUUUUUAGGGCAAUUUUUGAAUUUUUAAACGUAAAUAUUUUUAAAAAUAUUAGCUAUUUUUACAUAAUUUUUGGAUAUUCCUCCUCUGGAGAAGCCCCCCUAUCCGUACAUACCCCAUUUAUACGGAAAUUCUGAUUUUUUUACCCCUCCGCCAAAGUAAUCGGAAUCGUGCCUCACUUUGGUUGUUCUUAUUAUUUCGAACACGUCUGUACAAAUUAUCAAUUUAAAAGUUGUAAAUUUUUUAACUUUAAGGGGCUAUACCAGUGUGACGCAUGAAAAUUUAGGCGAUUUUCGUGAAUUUUUUAAGAGAAAGUACGCGGGUGAAUAUUUCGAACUUCUUUGAACGUAAUAAGGUAUAUUUUCAGCUAUAUUUUAAGAUUUUUUUUUUACAAAAAUGUUGAAAAAUAACGGCGUUAUGGGCUGUCUUCCGAGGUGCCAAAAACAAAAAUACCCCAACUGCUGACAUGAUUCCGGCCGAAUGAGUAGCUGAAACAAAAAAAAUUGAAAAGUUUAUUAAACUUAAAGAUAUUUCCUAUACAUUGAAAAAUAUCAAAAAUUAACAAAAUGGCGUAAUUUUGAAAAAAAAAAUCGUUUUUUUUAGGAAAAAAUUGUCGUUUUUUUUAAUGCGAAAUUGACAAUUUUCAAUCAAUCAAAAAGAUCGUAGUCCAUUGUAUAGUAAAUGUAUUCAAAAAUACUCAGUUUUAAUUUGAAGUCGAUCGGUCAAUUUCUGGUUGAGUUAUGAUGCCAGCAAUUUUGAAAAAUGUUUAAAGUGUCACUUAUACAUACAUACAUAUGUAUACGUUUGCACCUCCGAGCGGUCGCUCUUUAGAACGCUGUCAUCCGAAAACUAUUCAAAAUACGACCUUCCCGAUUUCACAGGAUAUUUACGGAAAUAUAUUCUAUCGAAAAAGUAAAUAAAAAAUAAAAUUUUUUUGUUUGAAAGUUUCACACUGGUAUAGCCCCUUAAAUGCAAAUAUUUUAAAAACUAUAAGUCAGCGGCAACUAUGUAUAUAACGGGUGAUUUUUUUGAGGUUAGGAUUUUCAUGCAUUAGUAUUUGACAGAUCACGUGGGAUUUCAGACAUGGUGUCAAAGAGAAAGAUGCUCAGUAUGCUUUGACAUUUCAUCAUGAAUAGACUUACUAACGAGCAACGCUUGCAAAUCAUUGAAUUUUAUUACCAAAAUCAGUGUUCGGUUUUUUUUUUUUUUUCGGACAAAUUUUGUUCAGCGAUGAGGCUCAUUUCUGGUUGAAUGGCUACGUAAAUAAGCAAAAUUGCCGCAUUUGGGGUGAAGAGCAACCAGAAGCCGUUCAAGAACUGCCCAUGCAUCCCGAAAAAUGCACUGUUUGGUGUGGUUUGUACGCUGGUGGAAUCAUUGGACCGUAUUUUUUCAAAGAUGCUGUUGGACGCAACGUUACGGUGAAUGGCGAUCGCUAUCGUUCGAUGCUAACAAACUUUUUGUUGCCAAAAAUGGAAGAACUGAACUUGGUUGACAUGUGGUUUCAACAAGAUGGCGCUACAUACCACACAGCUCGCGAUUCUAUGGCCAUUUUGAGGGAAAACUUCGGACAACAAUUCAUCUCAAGAAAUGGACCCGUAAGUUGGCCACCAAGAUCAUGCGAUUUAACGCCUUUAGACUGUUUUUUGUGGGGCUACGUCAAGUCUAAAGUCUACAGAAAUAAGCCAGCAACUAUUCCAGCUUUGGAAGACAACAUUUCCGAAGAAAUUCGGGCUAUUCCGGCCGAAAUGCUCGAAAAAGUUGCCCAAAAUUGGACUUUCCGAAUGGACCACCUAAGACGCAGCCGCGGUCAACAUUUAAAUGAAAUUAUCUUCAAAAAGUAAAUGUCAUGAACCAAUCUAACGUUUCAAAUAAAGAACCGAUGAGAUUUUGCAAAUUUUAUGCGUUUCUUUUUAAAAAAAAGUUAUCAAGCUCUUAAAAAAUCACCCUAUAUAUGCAUUGAUAUGCAGCAUACAAACAUAUACAUAUGAGGCACGUAUGCAUUAAUAAGUGAUACGCAUGCACUCAAGAAAUACAUACUAAACAUAUUUACUUAGGUUUGGGCAAUUGAUUACAAAUGCACAUGUGCACUUGAAAACAACCCAAACCAAGCAAUUUAAAUUAUACUUGUAUGACAGCACACACAUACACACAUGUAUUGUAUUGUAUAGUUGAAAACAACCCCAUGGAGUGUGCUGUAAAUAUAUAUGUAUAUAUUUAAUUAGAUAAGUUAGACUUCUAAAAUAGUAUAUAAGGUUUACAAAUUUAAUAAUAAGAUUAGAAUGAAAUAUUCUCAGCUCGACUAAGGUCUUUAUUUUUCCCCCACCAGCGGUAAGAAUUUAAAGAUUCUUUGUUGAGUUUAAAAAGUUUGAUCUUACAAAUCAAACAGUUUGAAUAUAAUUUCAAAAAUUUGGUCCUUCGAGUCUAAAAAAAAGAGCUCAGCCAAGUUAAAAAAAGCCCUGCUAUUUAUAAAAAUACAGGCAAAAUAAAAACUAUAUAAAGCAUUGAAAAGAAAUUGUAAGACGGGUUCAUAUUCCCGCGUAUUUAUAUAAUCAUAUAAGCCGUUUUAGUACGAAACUAAACGCUGUGUUAAAAACUGUUAUUCAAAAAAAAAAUAUUCAGCGGCUGUGAAUCGAGGCACAGCAAGGUCAACCGGGCGACCAAAACAAUUACCUCCAACGAUUUUUUUUGAAGAAAAAGAACAGUUUAAUAAAUGAAAUAUUAAUUAAAAAUGUCAAACACUGCGGACAUGUUGAAACGCCAACAAGUGCUGCAAAGUGAAAUUUCAGCACGGUGCGAUCAAAAUGAAUUAGAAGAUAUUGAGGUACCGAAUUCCACAGCAACCAUGUAAACUUAGCAGGGAAAGUAGCACCGAAUCAUGAUUACUUUGCCAACAAUGCCGCACAUAAAAGAAAAAAAAAUGAUGAGCAGCUCAAAAUGGAACGCGCAACCCAAGAGAUGGAGAUAGGAGCAAGGGCAAUAAGCCCAACAGAUAAAAUGGUAGAUUGUAUAGAGCAGGCAAUUGAAAGAAGAUCGGAAAGAAUUCGAUCUACAAUUGCAGAUGCAAAGUUAAAUCUAAAUUCUAGAGACGAAACUGACAUCGAAUUUUUCGAAAACCGUCUCAAGAAUUUAUGGAGCUGCAUGGAGAAAGAUAUCGACGAAAUGUCAAUAAAGUACAACAAGCCAUCUCAUAUUUACGAAUUUGAAGAUCUUUCCUAUGAAGUCAGCGAUAUUAAAAAAACAAAAGCAAAUCGACUUAAAAAAAAUGGAAAAGACGGAAAAAUUGGAAUUACCAAAAAUAGAAUUGCCAAAAUUCUCAGGCGAAUUCCGAGAAUGGCAACCAUUUAAGGAGCUCUUCGAGGAGUAUGUCCAUAAUAAUAAGGACAUUAGUGACUCCAAAAAGAUGAGCUAUUUGAAAUCUUGUCUUCAAGGAGAUGCUAGAUUAAUGGUUAGUCACCUGAUAACGGGAUCAGGUGCAAAUUACAACACUGCUUGGGAAUUACUGACACGUAGAUAUGAUAACACACGCAAACAAUUUAACGACAAUGUCGAGAGGCUGGUAGAAAUACCACAACUGACGGAUGAGUCAGCAUAUAAAAUGAAAAAAUUUUUAGAUGUAACAAAUGAAUGCAUCAGUAUAAUAAGGAAUAAAGGAUCAUUAGAGGAUUUUUUGCACAGCUAGUGUUAAGAAAGUUUUCGAAACAAAUACUUCGAGAAUAUGAAAAUACCGUUCGUAAACCGAAUGAUAUACAAAAUUUGUCGGAAGUAAUUUCAUUUUUGGAGCAUCAGUAUAGUACUCAGAAUUCUAUGCAAGAGUCACAAAGAUAUUUAUCUCGAGGAGUAAACUCACAACAACAAAACAAAUUUUACAAUUCCGCAACCGAAACAAAUAAAUCAUUAGGAAAGACAAGUUUUCGUCAAAGUUGUAAAAGUUGCCAAAUGCAAGGCCAUGACAUACUUCGAUGCGAUAAAUUCCAAAAAUUAAAUGUCGAACGGCGAUUAGAAGUAGUGCGCAAAAAUCAAUUAUGCUUUAGAUGCUUAGGACAACACACAACGAAAAGUUGUUUCAGGACUUGGAAAUGUAUGGUAUGCGACAAAUCACACAAUACCUUACUACAUGAAGACAAACCAAGUCAAAAAAUAUCAUCAAAUAUGGCUAAACAGAAAGGAGAAGACACAUUUUUAGCAACAGCAAUAAUAAAAGUGAUAACGCCAAAAGGAGAGUUGAAAUUAAGAGCUUUAAUUGAUAGUGGUUCUUAGAAAACUCUAAUUUCUGAGGAAGGAGUUCAGAUGUUUGGGUUACCGAAAAUAAAGGUAACCACCGAAAUAACCGGCGUCUCAGCAGAAUGCGUGGAAGUUUCACGGCAUAAAGUACGACUCGAAAUAAAACCCAGAUUUAAUAGCAAGUUUCUAGCAGAAACCGAAGCUCUGGUGUUGUCUAAACUACAUAAAGCACUUCCAUUAAAAAAAUUUGAAAAGAAGGCAUAUAUAUGGAAGAAUAAACUACUAGCGGAUCCAAAUUUCAACAAACCAAGCCGCAUUGAUAUAGUAAUUGGAGCUGAUUUGUACCCAAAAAUAAUGAAAAAAGGUAAUAAUUAAAGCUGAUGGAUUACUAGGACAAGCCACAAUGUUGGGUUGGAUUGUGUCUGGUAAUAUUGAAAGAUCCAGAAGCAAUAAAAUAGUAGCAGCCAUGACAACCUUUAAACUGGAUGAUUUAGAAAGAUUCUGGGAAAUAGAAAAGGAUGAAGAGGAGCCUACUCCAGAAGAUACCAUAUGUGAACAAAAUUACAUUCAAACGACAACACGUGAAUCAACAGAUGGCAGAUUUAUAGUAGCCAUUCCUUUUAAAAAGGAGAAAGAGCUUGGAGAAUCUAGGAAGACAGCAGUCGCACGGUUGAUGAGUAUGGAAAGGAAAUUUGAAGCAAGAAAAGAUCUAAAAGACGACUACACAAAGUUCAUGCGGGAAUAUCAAAAGAUGGGACAUAUGAAGGAAGUUGAAAAGAUGGGUCAAGGUAAAUAUUACUUUCCCCAUCAAGCUGUAAUUAAAAUAAUUAUUCUACGCUAGAUCGGUACAAAUAAUAGCACUAUAUUGGAAUUGCAUGCGUUUGGAGACGCAUCUGACAAAGCAUAUGCAGCAGUAAUUUAACAAGUAACACUGUUACUUGCCAAAAGCAAGGUAAACCCUAUUAAAAAUAGGAAAACAAUACCCAAAUUGGAACUUUGCGGUGCACAUCUAUUGGCUAAUAUAUUAAAAAGAGUCAAGAAUAUAUUGAAUUUACAGUGCAAAAUUUAUGCUUGGAGUGAUUCGAUGGUUACAUUGGCAUGGAUUCAAAACAAAAACAACAAAGAGAAGUUUGUACGCACCAGAGUAAACCAUAUCAAUGAGAUGAUUCCGGAAGCUGAAUGGAGGUACGUGAAAUCAAGUGAAAAUCCAGCAGAUAUUGCAUCAAGAGGGACAUCACCUAAAAAAUUACUACAACACAGUUUAUGGUGGCAAGGACCAUCAUGGCUUCAAUUAAAUACAGAUCAUUGGCCGAAAAGAGUAGAAGAAAAAAUAGUUACUACAACCACAAUAACGGAAGAGAAAGGCUUUUUCUCAAUACUACAAAAAUUUUCAGACCUUGGAAAACUAAUUAGAGUGAUGGCAUACGAGAUGCGAUUCACAAAUAAACUUCGAAGAAGAACGAUAACAACAGAUUAUUUAACAGUAGACGAGCUGCAAUUGGCAAAGAAGAAAGUAAUUAAAAUACAAAAAAAUUUUGAUUUUUAUGAUGAAAUACGACAAUUAAGAAACGGCAAGGUGUUGGAUAGAAAAAACAAAUUAUCAACAUUAUAUCCUUUCGUUGAUGAAGAUGGCAUUUUAAGAGUAGGAGGAAGACUGCAAAAUUCUGAAAUCGCUUAUAACACUAAACAUCCAAUCAUACUGACAAAUUGUGAUUUAUCAAAGUUAAUCAUCCAGGAAGCACACAAAACAACAUUACAUGGUGGCAUUGAAUUAAUGAGAACACACAUCAGAAAUGAAUACUGGAUCAUUCGUAUAAGGAGUCAACUAAAACAGUAUGUGAGGAAGUGUGUACGUUGUGCUCGAUAUAACCAAGAAGUGAUGACACAACUAAUGGGAAAUUUACCACCAUAUCGAGUUAUACCCAACCAUCCAUUUAAUAAUGUCGGAGUGGAUUAUGCAGGACCGCUUCAAAUACCCUGCUCAAAAGGUAGAGGCCAAAAAUCAUAUAAAGGAUAUAUUGCUGUCUUUGUAUGCAUGACGACAAAAGCAAUUCAUCUUGAAGCCGUAAGCGAUUUAUCCACGGAAGUUUUUUUAGCUGCGUUGCGGCGUUUCUUUGCAAGAAGAGGAAAAAGUACCGAUAUAUAUUCAGAUAAUGGUACAAACUUUGUUGUAGCAGCAAAAUCUUUGGACAAAGAUUUAAAACUAGCUGUUACCAAUAACAGAGUUAUUGCACCAAUAAUGGAAAAAGAAGGCAUUAAGUGGCAUUUUAUUCCGCCAGCAAGUCCUCAUUUCGGAGGAAUCUGGGAAGCAGGUGUUAAAUCUAUGAAACAUCAUCUUAAGCGUAUCAUAGGAGAUAACACUCUCACAUAUGAAGAAUUAACUACACUGUUAACACAAAUUGAAGCCGUUUUAAAUUCACGCCCACUUUAUACAACUGGAGAAGAUUAUGAAAUCGACGGUAUACUUACUCCAGGGCAUUUGUUAAUUGGAAGUCCUUUAUUGAGUGCGCCAGAACCAUCUCAAGAAAGAAAUCUUUCGACAUUAGAUAGAUGGAGUCUUCUUCAAAAAAUGAAAUGCCAAUUUUGGAAGAUCUGGAAAAAGGAAUAUCUACAUACAUUACAACAAAGGUAUAAAUGGAAGCAACCGAUGAACAACAUCAAAGAAGGACAAAUUGUAUUGAUAAGAAACGAGACUUCUCAUCCAGCUAAAUGGCCGAUGGGAAAAAUUACUGGAAGGCAUAAAGGAUCUGAUGGAAUGGUGAGAGUUGUAACCAUUAAGACGCAAGAUAGCACAGUGAAAAGGCCUAUCAAUAAAAUAUGUCCACUUUACUCUGAAGAAGAAGAGAAAAGUGUCGAACGAGAAAAGAGAAAAAAAUAUCUCGAAAAAAUUGGUAUAAUCGAUAUAGAGAUGUCUACGUGGAAUUUGGUGGUGUAUUACAACAUGGAACCUUAUUUUAACCAAAUAAAAGGAAUUGCUGAUUACAUCGGGAGAUUGAAAAAACAGUGUCAUCUCCUCACCAACUUCGAAUCAAGCUGUGAAAUAAUGAAUUCAGCACUAGAAAAACGGUUCAAGGCGUUAGAGAUGAAUAAUGACCUCUUACUAAAGGGUGAUUUUUUAAGAGCUUGAUAACUUUUUUAAAAAAAAAAACGCAUAAAAUUUGCAAAAUCUCAUCGGUUCUUUAUUUGAAACGUUAGAUUGGUUCAUGACAUUUACUUUUUGAAGAUAAUUUCAUUUAAAUGUUGACCGCGGCUGCGUCUUAGGUGGUCCAUUCGGAAAGUCCAAUUUUGGGCAACUUUUUCGAGCAUUUCGGCCGGAAUAGUUGCUGGCUUAUUUCUGUAGACUUUAGACUUGACGUAGCCCCACAAAAAAUAGUCUAAAGGCGUUAAAUCGCAUGAUCUUGGUGGCCAACUUACGGGUCCAUUUCUUGAGAUGAAUUGUUGUCCGAAGUUUUCCCUCAAAAUGGCCAUAGAAUCGCGAGCUGUGUGGCAUGUAGCGCCAUCUUGUUGAAACCACAUGUCAACCAAGUUCAGUUCUUCCAUUUUUGGCAACAAAAAGUUUGUUAGCAUCGAACGAUAGCGAUCGCCAUUCACCGUAACGUUGCGUCCAACAGCAUCUUUGAAAAAAUACGGUCCAAUGAUUCCACCAGCGUACAAACCACACCAAACAGUGCAUUUUUCGGGAUGCAUGGGCAGUUCUUGAACGGCUUCUGGUUGCUCUUCACCCCAAAUGCGGCAAUUUUGCUUAUUUACGUAGCCAUUCAACCAGAAAUGAGCCUCAUCGCUGAACAAAACACGCGCGCGAAACACAUUUCGAACCGAACACUGAUUUUGGUAAUAAAAUUCAAUGAUUUGCAAGCGUUGCUCGUUAGUAAGUCUAUUCAUGAUGAAAUGUCAAAGCAUACUGAGCAUCUUUCUCUUUGACACCAUGUCUGAAAUCCCACGUGAUCUGUCAAAUACUAAUGCAUGAAAAUCCUAACCUCAAAAAAAUCACCCGUUACAACCAAAAAGGACACGUCGAGCACCUUUUGAAUUUGUAGGAACUAUUCAUCACAUUCUCUUUGGAACGAUGGAUGCAGAUGAUCGAAAGGAGUUAGAGAAAGACCUAACUAAUUUAUUAGACAACGAGAAGAAUUUAAAACAAUUGAUUCAGAAGCAAACGUCUGUCAUUGAUUCAUCGUUGAACAUUAUGAAAAAAUCGCAAGAAGAAGUGCGAGAAACUUUCGUAAAGAUGAAUGGACAAUUGAAUUUAUUCUACUCAGAAUUAAUAAAAAAUCUCAACGCCGAAAGGAUGGCAUUAAUUUAUCAAAUGAUGGUAACACAACUCAGUAUGACGUUGACAGAAUGUGAAAAUAUACAAUUGUCAAUCAUCAAGCUAUUAAUUGACAUUAACCAUGGACAUCUAAAUCCACAACUUUUACGACCAUCUCAAAUGCGCGAAGAAAUAUACAAAAUUAAAAAUGAGCUAUCACCAAAGUUGACACUUUUAGGAGCCCAAACAAGUGAAAUACUAAAAAAUGUUUAUAAUCUUAUGAGAGGAAAAGGAACCAUAAUGAAUAAUAAGGUAGUGAUCAAAACAACCAUUCCAUUAUUCGCACGUGAGACGUCAACAUUAUAUAGAGUAAUUCCAAUUCCGUUUCAACAUAAUGAAGAAAUGAUGAUACCAAUUAUUAGAGGAAGCUAUCUAAUUUACAAUUUCGGUUUAGAUGCAUACAAUAUAAUGCAACAAACAGAAUUGGAUAAAUGUGAUACGAGUCUGGAGAAACAUUACACAUGUAAAGGAAGCUGGCCAUGGAAACCAUCCUCAGACCAGUCAUGCGAAAUCUCGGUAUUACGUGGCAUGCCAACAAAGAACUGUCUUUUCAAAAAGGGUAAUUGGACUAGCUAUUGGAUAAAGCUUCAAAGUGGUAAUAGUUGGCUUUAUAACAUAUUUUCAAAUGGAACUAUAGAUGUAGAAUGCAACAAAUCCAAGGAAUUUUUCAACAUACCAUCGAAAGGAAUAAUGGAAUUAGGGGAAGGAUGUACUGGACGUUACAAAGGAGUUAUUCUAGCGGCUCCACAACAAUAUCACACGCAAAAGUUAAUUGAGGCACAUAUGAAUCAACCAAUAAUGGAAAUAAAUGAAGUACCUAUGCCUCAAGUAAUUGCUCAACCACAAACUUUAACUACAAGUUUAAAAGAUAUCAAAGAAUUGCAAGACAUAGUGAAGCAACUCAAGAAAGAAAACAUAAAAUUAAAAGAAAUAAAAAUACAUCAUGUUACCGGACACAUAUAAUUGCUAUUCUUUAUAGUCGGCGUGCUAGUGGCAAUCUUCAUUUACUAUCGAUUGAAAACCAGGCGACGACUACAAGCUGCAAUCACUUUCCCAGCAGUCACUUUUGCCGCCCGGGAGACUGUUCAAAAUUGAACAUGUUCGUUGCUGCCAAAGCACGGACAACAAUAUUAUAUUUAAAUCUUUUAUAUAUUUCAAUGUUAAAUAAGAUAAGUAAUAAUCUAGCUAUUGUAAUCAUACAGUCCACUACUAAUAGAUAUCUAUGUUCAAAUAUAUUGAACAUAUGUACGUAAAUAAACACAUAAAAUAUAUGCAUUGAUAUGCAGCAUACAAACAUAUACAUAUGAGGCACGUAUGCAUUAAUAAGUGAUACGCAUGCACUCAAGAAAUACAUACUAAACAUAUUUACUUAGGUUUGGGCAAUUGAUUACAAAUGCACAUGUGCACUUGAAAACAACCCAAACCAAGCAAUUUAAAUUAUACUUGUAUGACAGCACACACAUACACACAUGUAUUGUAUUGUAUAGUUGAAAACAACCCCAUGGAGUGUGCUGUAAAUAUAUAUGUAUAUAUUUAAUUAGAUAAGUUAGACUUCUAAAAUAGUAUAUAAGGUUUACAAAUUUAAUAAUAAAAUUAGAAUGAAAUAUU